UAUAUGGACUAUUUGGAGGAGGCUUCACUGUUGACACAAGCUGCUAGUGAAUACAAUACAAAUGUUGCCUAUCAGAACGCACUCCAUGCUGCGCGUCGUGAAAAGAUGAUAUUAUGUAACUUGGCGUCGCUCUUUGUAGAUGGUGUUGAUGUCUCAACGGUUGAUGCAAACCUCAGUGGUGACAAGCAAAAGAAAGAAAUUGAACUCCAUAAAGACGAAGUUGGUGCUAGUGUGGUGGACAGAGUUUCUAAUGGUCGAGUGAAGUUCAUUAUAGAACCAUACGAAGAGUGUUGUUUGGGGACAAAGACUGAAGUAUUUAAUACCGAUGGGUCUGAACCGUUGGUCGUGAUUGGAAAUGACCCUGAACAAGUGAAUCAUAAGAAGGUGGGAGGUGUGUUAUCUAUGGAAGCUUUCAAUCAUUUUUUGUGCCGUUCCACGGAACAAAACCGAGAGGACAAAGUCUUAUUAACUAGUACAAGUAUUGUCGUCAAGACGGUAGAAGACGAAGAUUGUUAUUUCGUAUACAGCUAUGAACUUAAACAUAGUAGAGCUUCCAAAUUCUUCUUCCUUAAUUUCAAAAAUGAGUUUCCUGACGUCCAAAAGACAUUCAUGUUCAAUCAUUGGUGUUUCUUCUGUCAAACAUUCGUAGAGAGCGGGGAACAAAAAAUCAAAAAGGUGGAUGAAAAACUAUUGGUGACUAAUUUCGGUAAAUAA